CGCCAUCGGACUGACGUGCGCGCGACCACCCACACCCAUCUGCUGCCGCCCACCAAUGACGCCACGGGCAAACAACACGAUCGAUGCCAACGCUUUAUAAACAUACAGACCCUGCCUGGAGGUGCAGCUGCAUGACGUCCGCACGCCUCUUCACCUGCUGCUGCUCCAGGGACCGGCCGUCUCCGACGACGAGAAUGCGCGCGUCCUCCUCCUCGUCCUUGCUGCUGCUGUUGGCGGCGGCGGCCGUGGGCGUGCUGCUGCAGGCCAGGCCGUCGGAGUGCGCGCGCGCCUUCUUCGUGUUCGGCGACUCGCUGGUGGACAACGGCAACAACAACUACCUCAUGACCACGGCGCGCGCCGACUCGCCGCCGUACGGGAUCGACUACCCGACGCACCGCCCCACCGGCCGCUUCUCCAACGGCAAGAACAUCCCCGACAUCAUCAGCGAGCACCUCGGCGCCGAGCCCACGCUGCCGUACCUGAGCCCCGAGCUCCGCGGCCAGAAGCUGCUGGUCGGCGCCAACUUCGCGUCGGCCGGCGUCGGGAUCCUCAACGACACCGGCUUCCAGUUCGUGGACAUCAUCCGGAUGAGCCGCCAGCUGCACUACUUCGGCGAGUACCAGGGCAAGCUAAGCGCGCUGGUGGGCGCGGCGCGGGCGCGCCAGCUCGUGCGCCGCUCGCUCGUGCUCAUCACGCUCGGCGGCAACGACUUCGUCAACAACUACUACCUCGUCCCCUUCUCCCUGCGCUCCCGCCAGUUCGCGCUGCCGGAAUACGUCGGCUACAUCGUCUCCGAGUACAAGAAGAUCCUCAUCCGCCUGUACGCCAUGGGUUGCCGCCGCGUGCUGGUGACGGGCACGGGGCCUCUGGGGUGCGCGCCGGCGAUCCUUGCGCAGCGCAGCCGCAACGGCGAGUGCGCGGCGGAGCUGAUGCGCGCGGCGGCGCUCUUCAACCCGCAGCUGGCGCGCGUCCUGGACCAGCUCAACGCGCGCUUUGGCGCCGGCACCUUCAUCGCGGCCAACGCCUUCCGCGUCCACUUCGACUUCGUCAGCGACCCGGCCGCCUUCGGCUUCGCCACGGCCAAGGACGCGUGCUGCGGACAGGGCCCCCACAACGGCCUGGGCCUCUGCACCCCGCUCUCCAACCUGUGCGCCGACCGCAGCAAGUACGUCUUCUGGGACGCCUACCACCCCACGGAGCGCGCCAACCGGGUCAUCGUCAGCCAGUUCAUGUCAGGCUCGCUCGACUACGUCAGCCCCAUGAACCUCAGCACCGUCUUGCAAAUGGACGCCGCAUUUGACUAGAUCGAGUACUGACUCAUCGUCCCGAGAGACCCAACCAACAAGCCUGCUGUCGUCUACCUCGUUUCGUUUUAUAUCUCUGUGACUGCCGUGCGUGUGUCUGUGUACGAUCACAUAAACAACAUCAACAUGUAUUUAUAUUUAUAGUGAGUUUGAGUACUGU